AUGGAGGUUGCCUUAAUGCAAGCAAAGAAGUCAUGCCCAUUUAUCCACUUGGCAUCUGCUUCUUCUCUUCGUAGAAUGACUUCUUCUGGUGUUAACCCAUUAAUCACCAAGGCAAAACAAUGUCCAGUCAUGAGUCAAGCCAUCUCUGCUCGUUCUUUGUCUACUUCCAGCGUUGUCAAACAGACACCUUCUAAGCCUGUAAAAGCUUCAAUUGCUACUCAUAAUAACCAGGGCCCCAAGAUUGUUCCCCCUGUAGCACACCAGACUCAAAAGCAUUUCGAUUACGAAAGCUUUUAUCAAGAGGAAUUAGAUAAAAAGCACAGAGAUAAGAGUUAUCGUUAUUUCAAUAACAUUAACCGCUUAGCUCAAAAAUUCCCUCGCGCCCAUACUGCCCGUAUUACGGAUGAAGUCACGGUUUGGUGCGCCAAUGAUUAUUUGGGUAUGGGAAGAAGCCCUGUUUUGACGGAUGCUAUGAAACGUACUUUGGAUCGUUAUGGUGCUGGUGCUGGUGGUACACGAAACAUCGCUGGUAACGCCGAUCUCCAUUUACGUCUGGAAUCCGAACUUGCUGAUCUGCACCAUAAAGAAGGUGCCCUCGUUUUUUCUUCUUGCUAUGUUGCAAACGAUGCAACCCUUUCCACUCUUGCUUCCAAACUACCUGGAUGCGUCAUCUUUUCUGAUUCACUUAACCACGCUUCCAUGAUCCAAGGUAUUCGUCACUCCGGGGCUGCCAAGAAGAUCUUCCGCCACAAUGACAUGAAGCACCUUGAAGAACUAUUACAAGCCGUUGAUCCUAGUGUUCCCAAAAUCAUUGCCUUCGAAUCCGUUUAUUCCAUGUGCGGUUCUAUCGGUCCUAUUCGUGAAAUUGUUGAUUUAGCCAAGAAGUAUGGUGCCAUCACCUUCUUGGAUGAAGUACACGCCGUUGGUAUGUAUGGCCCUCGCGGUGCUGGUGUUGCUGAGCACCUUGAUUAUGACUUGAAUGCCUCUCGUCCUGUCAUGGGCAAUGGUUCCGUUUUGGAUGAUAUUGAUAUCAUCACUGGCACCCUAGGUAAGGCUUACGGUGUUGUCGGUGGGUACAUUGCUGGAUCUGCUACUCUUGUUGACAUGAUUCGCUCUUAUGCUCCUGGAUUUAUCUUUACUACCUCCCUUCCUCCUGCUGUUGUUUCUGGUGCUAUGGAAUCUGUUAAAUACCUCAAGAGAUCCUCUACUGAACGCCAAAUGCAACAAAUCAACACUCGCACCGUUAAAUCUCGCUUGGAUGACAUUGGUAUUCCUGUGAUCCCCAAUCCUUCUCACAUCGUACCCGUUCUCUUGGGCGAUGCUGCUGCUGCCAAGUUGGCUUCUGAUGAGCUCUUAUCCGAACAUGACAUUUACGUUCAGAGCAUCAACUACCCCACUGUUCCCGUUGGUGAAGAGCGACUUCGCAUUACACCCACUCCUGGUCAUAAUGAUGUAAUGAUUGAUGAACUCGUUCAUUCACUUGAUAAGAUCUGGAAUCGCUAUGGAUUCAAGCGUGUUCAAGAUUGGACUGCUGAAGGCGGUCGUGCUGGCGUCGGUAUUGAAAACUCUGUCCAACCUGAACCCAUGUGGACUGAUAAGCAACUUGGUCUUGAUGCUGCCAACAAGGUAGAAGCUGCAGCUGCUAACUAA